AACGACGGACCAGGAAGCGACAUUUUAGAAAUAGCAAGAAAUGCAAAAGGUUUAUAAACUUUGAAAUGCAGUCAGAAUUCUAAAAUUGUAUUCAACCAAUAUUUAUCAGAUUAGUCUCGUUUCGCAAGAAAGAGGGACCUUCCGUCCGCGCUAACAUUGCUAGUAAGUUAAGUUAGACCAUAGCGGUGUCGUCAUUGUGCUCUCAGCCAUGUGGGGAGAGAUCGACCCUGUUCCCGAGCCCAGUCUGCCUGUCAGCGUUGAACCAGUGGCCUGCAGACAGCCAGACCCCCGGCAACCACAGCCCGAUCCACGGCGACCACAGCCCGACCCCAGAGGAACCGGACCAGCUUCGAGCUGCUCUGAAACCGCCCACACCGAGGACGAGCCGCAGGACAACCAGGCGGAUCCCAUCGGUGUGUGUGCCAUGGUGGAGGUGGUGGCUGUGAGUGGUAUUCAGGUGAAGAGCCAGCAGGUAGGUGAGGCAGAACUGACCGUAGCCCAGCGGAGAGAGGAGCUGCUGGGACAGUACUGGUGUUCCUGGAGCGAUACCAGGACCAAGCCCCUGGUGUUCCUGGAGGGCAUUGAAGAUGAGACCCUGGUCUCAGGAUGA